AUGAAUCAAGAGUGGAGGGAAUAUAGAAAUCAAAAUCCUAACCAACCCCAAAUGCAUGACAAUGCUGAGGAGAUUGCUAGGUGGGGGUUGAAAGACUUCCGAAAUUUUCAGCCACCUACAUUUGAAGGAGGAGAUAAUCCUGAGAUGGCAGCAAGAUGGUUACAGAUGAUUGAACACAUCUUUGAAUGUAUGGGGUGUCCUGAAGCUCACAAGGUUGACUAUGCCUCGUAUCAGUUGGUUGAUGAAGCAUUAACUUGGUGGACGAGUGCAAGGGCUUUACUUCGAGCUCAACAUGUUGAUCUUACUUGGAAGGUGUUCAGACGAGUCUUUCUUGACAAAUAUUUUCCUAAGGCUAUCAGGAGGAUGAAACACACGGAGCUUCUAGCACUGCGGCAAGAUAAUAUGACUGUUAAUGAAUAUAUUGCAAAGUUUGGGCAGCUGAUGGAGUAUGCUAACUUUGAUGGAAACAUUUAUGAUGAAGAAUGGCAGAUGGAAAAGUAUGAAAGUGGAUUGCAUCCGGAGAUUCGCAAACUUGUUUUGACUUCAGCAAUUCGUACUCUUCCUGAAUUGAUUAAUCAGAGUCGGCAAGCAGAAGAGAUUAUGAAGCCAAGGCUUUGUCUAAACAACCAGUGCAAUCACAAGGAGGAAGUAGAGUUGGUCGGUUCUUCAGAAAGGUUACUGCAAUGA